AUGCAUCGUCAAUCCAUUGCGCGGUUCGCCCGCCAGUGCAAUGGUUUUCCGCUGGCCGAGUUGCCUCCCGCAUACCUGGCGCCAUCUCUCCAUUUCUCCCUGACCCGGUCCGCCGUCCAGACCUCGAACUUUUCGUCCACCCCCGUCGCCGCCGGCCGCGAUCUCAGCAAAUCUCGCGGCGUGUCCGCAAUCCACCGCAGCGGCCCCAGAUUCAAAUUGGGCGUGUCGAAGUACCCAUUGCCCAAGCCCGUCUCGCCGGAGGCCCUUGACAAGCGUCACCCGACCCCGGACCAUGGACUCUGGGGUUUCUUCCCUAAGGACCGUCUGCCUUUGAGUACCCCGGAAUACGACAACGCGCAUGGCCGUUCGUGGUCCAUCCAGGAGCUCCGCGAGAAGUCUUGGGAUGACCUACAUGCCCUCUGGUGGGUGUGUGCCAAGGAGCGCAACCGUAUAGCCACUUCGAACUUGGAACGAGAGCGAUUGAAGGCGGGAUACGGCGAAUAUGAAGCUAAUGAGCGGGACCGGGUGAUUCGCGUCACGCAGAAGAGCAUCAAGCACGUCCUUCGGGAGCGGUGGUAUGCCUGGGAAGAGGCCCAGCGACUGUACAAAGAGGGAUACCGACCUCAGGAGGACGAGUAA